AUGGCAUCAAGUUCUCAUGAAUUUUGGUCUGCUCGUUGGCAAUUGAUGCUCAAUGAAAGUUUCAAAGAAUUAGGUUUCUUGCCUGUUAAAAAUGUCUUCGCUGAUAUAUUAAGUGCAUACGCUGUUAGUGCUUUAUUGUAUAAAUACCUUAUUAUUGAACAAUUUGAUCUUUGGACAGUAAUUCAAAAAUUAAAGGCUCUUAAAAUAGUUCUAUUAUUGAUUCUUAAUUUAUCUGUUUUGCCAGUAUUCAUUGAACCUUUAAGAUGA